GUCACUUUCUUUUUUUGUGCUGAAGCGGCAAAUUUUUACCUUGUAAAUUUCAGGUGGUGACUCCAAGUUCUAGUAUUGAAUUAGGUGAGAAAUUCUUGUCUUAUGAGGUUGUUGUACCUUGUGGAGCAAUUAUGGUACAUGUAAUAAAGAACUUGCCUACUUUAGCAGUUUCUUUAGAUGGUAAUGAGAAGAAAAAUCGAUUUUUCUGUUCAAGAAGGGAUAAGUUAAAAUGCCCACGUGGGAUAUUCAAUCUUUAUACUGGAAAAGAUAAGGGGUGUCUUAGUUUUAAUAGUUCUAAUUUGGUUACUGCUUUUGAUCAAUGCACUUUGUUUGGAAUAAAGUUGUCAAUAUUUAGCUUCAAGAAAGUGAAUAACCAGUGCAGCAUAGCUCUGAAUGUCGCUUAUGACCUCGAACCUAUGUGUGAUGGAGAGAGUGAGAAUUCUGAUAUUGAGAAAGAAAAUUCAACCAAAGAUGUGUAUAAGCUGGAAUUGUCUGGUAAGGAGUGUUUGAUGAAUUCGUAUACUGAAAAUCUUGAUUCUAACCAACCUUCAAGUUUUCUUGAAGAAACAAAAAAUGCAGUUGAGAAUGGGGUUAUAUAUUUAGAAGAAAUGGAUGAGGAGGUAUUGUCAAAAAGGAUCUUGAAGCUCAGCAGACUAAAUAAACCCAGAAGCGCAUUAGCGAUAUACAAGUCGAUGAUUUUUUCAGGUCUUAAACCUGAUUUACAUGCAUGUAAUUCCCUUCUUUCAAGUCUCUUGAGGAAUGGAAUGCUUGAUAAUGCCUUAAAAGUCUUCAACUCAAUGAAGGCUUGCGAGCUAACAACUGGCCACACUUAUAGCUUAAUUCUGAAGGCAGUUGCUGGUGCUCGGGGUGAUGACACAGCAAUAAACAUGUUUGGUGAAUUGAUAAGAAGUAAGAACCUUAGAGGACAAAUCGAUACCGUUGUAUACAACACAAUGAUAUCCAUUUUUGCAAAAGCAAACAACUGGGAUCAGGCACAGAAGAUUUGGAAAAUUUUGCAGGAUAGUGGUCAAGUUGGAACAACAGUCACUUACCGUCUGUUAAUUUGCACAUUUGUUCGCUGUGGUCAGAAUGAACUAGCUAUUGAUGCAUACAGUGAGAUGGUUCAAAAUGGGCUGAGCCCAGAGAGUGAUACAAUGCAUGCUAUUAUUGGAGCAUACAGUAGGGAGGGUAAGUAUGACUCUGCACUGAAUACCUUGCAAUGUAUGUUGGACAGUGAGCUUAAGCCAAAUGCAAGAGCAUGCAACGCAGUUAUCAACUCACUUGGAAAAGCUGGCAAAGUCAAGCUUGCAUUUGAGGUUUACGAUACGAUGAAAUCAUUAGGUCAUGCACCUGAUGUAUACACAUGGAACUCAUUGCUUAAUGCCUUAAACAGGGCAAACCGAUAUUGUGAUGCACUUCAGUUUUUCGAUCGAAUAAGAAAUAUGCAAAGUGUCGUUUUGAAUGUGCAUAUAUUCGAUACUGUUUUGACAUCAUGCCAUAAACUUGGGUUGUGGGAUAAAGCUAUACAAGUACUGUGGCAGAUGGAGGCUUCCGAACUCCCAGUUUCAACUGCAUCCUAUAAUCAAGUUAUUGGAGCUUGCGAGGUUGCAAGAAGACCCAAAGUUGCAUUACAAGUGUAUUACCGCAUGGUUCGCCAAAAACAUUCUCCUGAUAUAUUUACUCUAUUGUCAUUGAUGAGAAUUUUCAUCUGGGGUUCUCUCUGGAAUGAAGCGGUGGAAAUACUAAAAUUUUCUGAACCAAAUGGAUCGCUUUACAAUGCUGCUAUUCAAGGGAUGUGUUUAACAGGAAAGCUUGAUUUGGCUAAGAAGCUGUACACGGAAAUGCGUGAGAGAGGCCUUCAACCUGAUGGCAAGACACGGGCUAUGAUGCUGCAAAACUUACCCAAAAAUUCCAGGAGAAAAAGAAAACGUUAACCUGAAGGCAGAUAGAGUCAAUGGGUGCAGCACGUGCUUGUCGCUUAGUUGAUGGCAAAAUAUAAGUAUGUCUUGAUUGUCAUGUAGAAGAGUGAGAAGACCCACCAAGGUGCAGAUACUCUAAUGAACAGGCAGAGAGCAAUCCCAAUAGACAAAUUCUAUUUCGGGCAUGUCAGUGCACGUGGAGAUAGCACCUUGUGCCUCCUCAUAUCAUGGUCAGUGUUAAUAAGAUUUAAGUGAACUCUCUUUCCUCGACAUCCAGCUUGUAUCUUUAGGCAUAAUUAAUUCAUCCCGAAUCGCACCUGAACCCUUUCUUUAAUUGUCUGCAUGAAAAGCUGGCUUGGUAAUAUCCUCUCUUUCUUGCUAUUCGAGUAUUAUGUUCCAUUCUUAUCAUCCAGUUGAUAUUUGAAUUACCCCUAAGCUCAUAUCUCCGAUUGUGGCUGUAGCAUCGUCUAUAUCAGUUGGUUGUUCAGAUUCUUCAGUAGAUUUAUACUAACUUGUCCUUAUUACAGCUUUCAUUUCCCAGAUUGCCAAUAGGGCACUGUGGAUUUGGGGAUUUCCGGCUAGUCUUGCUGAUUAUAAUGAUGAAACUACGGUAGUCACAAGGUGGAUAAUGAUCAACCCAAAGUGGACAGGAUCCUGCCGGGUUUGCAGAGUUGCUUGGCAAAGCAUUCAGACUCAGAAGUCUACAACCACAUAUAGUAUGAGAAUUGGUCUUUGCAGUCUGUUCAAGCCCACUGAGAAACAUGAAAGUGUCUGAAAAUUCGAGGAAACACAUGUAUUCAAGCAUGUUAUACAUCUAUAGAAAACAUUUCUACAUAAAAACUCUGCGCUCUGAUGUAAUAACAAAUCAUUGUAUGGAUGAUAGUCCGUAAUUUGAUUCAGCAUUUCCAAAU